AUGAUUGCAAAUUUUGACGACGAAAUAAACGUGAAAUAUGAAGAAAUUACUGACAAAAAUCCAUUGAAUCCCACAUUGAAUCCCACAUUAAAUCAAGCAUCUAUUGAUAAAGGUCACAUCAAAAUUCGAAAUAGACCAGAAACAAUAAUACAUGAUAAACCACAACCACCAUUCCCAAUACAUGAGAAAUCUUCAAUUAUAUCUGGUUUUGGUAGAGGAUCAAGUGAAUUAGGUAUACCAACAGCAAAUAUUCCAAUACAAGAUGAAUUAAAUAAUUUACAAACUGGAAUAUUUUAUGGAUGGUCAAAAAUUCAUCCAAAUCCAAAUUUAAAAGAUUCAACUGAAAAAAGAAUAGAUGGUAAUGAAAUAAUAUUUAAUCAUGGAAAUAAAUUAAUAGCAAAAGAAUUAUGUAUUUUCCCAAUGGUAAUGUCAAUUGGAUGGAAUCCAUUUUAUGAUAAUAAACAAAAAGCUGCUGAAAUUCAUAUAAUAAAUAAAUUUAAUGAUAAUUUUUAUGGUGCAAAAAUUGAAUAUAUUGUUUUAGGUUAUAUUAGACCUGAAUUAAAUUAUACAACAAAAGAAGCUUUAAUAAAAGAUAUUAAUUUAGAUAUUAAAAUUGCAAAAGAAAUAUUAUCAAAACCUGAAUAUGAAAAAUAUAAAGAUGAAUUAAAGGAUUAA